AUGGCCGGCCUUGACAAGUCCUACUUCCUCGAUGGCAAGCCCUCCACAAUGGUUGAGGUGAACCAGGCAAUCCAUGCAGGAACAGAGCUCCGCCGGAUGUUGCCCCUCACCUGCGUACGGGUCUUCGUGGCCGGAGCUGUGACGCACGUGGGAAAAACCUCAGUUUGCCUGGGCCUUCUGGCGGCCCUUCGGAAAGCCGGCUUCGCGGCGAAUGAGCUGGCAUACAUCAAGCCAGCUACGCAGUGUGAAGCACCAGAUUUGCUAAGCAAAUGGUGUGCUAAAGAAGGUAUCGAAUAUGUUGCUGGAGAGCAAGCCCCCCUCGUGUUUUAUUCGGGCUUCACACGGUCUUUUUUGGCUGGUGAGCAGGGCACCAGUGCCCAGUGGCUGCAGAAGAUUGAAGCUAGAAUAGCGGAGUUGUCUGCUGGCAAGCGAGUCGUCAUCGUCGAUGGUGUGGGCUUUCCAGCUGUGGGUUCCAUCGUUGGCGUCGACAAUGCGGACGUUGCCCGUGCUUCCAGAGCACCUGUCUUGCUCGUUUGCAAAUCUGGCGUUGGUUCUGCUGUGGACAGUUUCAGCUUGAAUUCGUCCUACUUCCUUGCCAAAAGCGUCCCGGUGCUCGGGGCAGUCUUCAAUCUCGGCGACACCGAGGGCUUCUACUCGUCGGACAAGUGCCGAGAGAGCAUUGAGGCGUGGUUUGCGCUGCAGGGCGGACGUCGAGAGCGCUUCUACGGCGUCGUGCCCAAACUGUCGGAGUUGGAUGGCCUGCGCAACUUGUACGCAGACGCAGAGAACGCUUUUUCGAGCAACGUUGGCUUGCGUCUGCGGGACAGGUGA